AGAGAGAGAGAGAGAGAGAGAGAGGGAGUGAAUCACGCUCACAAGCCAGCAAAGAGGAGACGUAGAGAGGAGGAGAAUCUACGAAGAGGAGGGGAGCAAAAAAAAAGCCUUCUCUCUCUUGUAGUCUCUUCUCUUCCUCCGUGGCUGCUCGAGGUGCAUCCUACGGCCGGUCAGGAGGAGCAGAGGCGCUCGGGCUAUCUUUUUUUUUUCCUCUUCCGUUUACUUCCCUUCCUUCCCCCUUCCCUACCACCGCCUUUGCUACUAUUUUAUUUUCUCCCCCGCCUUUUCCUGCUUUCUGGAUCUGCUGUCAAGCGCCGGUUGCAAUCGCAACCCGCUCGGUGCGAGCAGCGCAGAGGAGAAGCCCGGCGAAUCUGCAGAGCAGAGCAAGAGAAGGAGAGAGAAGGAGAGAGAACCAUCCGACGAGGGGGGGGAGGAGGAGACAGGUUUUUUUCGGUCUGAAGCUGGUUCUCCGCCGUCCCCACUGAGGUGCACGGUCGUCGCCAGCACCACCACCGCCGCCUCAGACUCCGGCAUCCCUGUCGCGGCUCUGCGAGCGGGCGACAGAGAGAGAGAGAGAGAGAGAGAGAGAGAGAGAGAGAGCGCACGACGGCAGGAUGCUGAACAACCUGACCGAUACGGAGGAGGGGGAUGGGGGAGCCCAGAACCAGGGUGACAACAAUCCAAAGGAGAGCAGCCCCUUCAUCAACAGCAGCGAUGUCGCAGCAGAAAAGAGCCAGCAGUACGAUGGCAAGCACAUGGCCCUGUUUGAGGAGGAGAUGGACACCAUCCCCAUGGUGUCCAGCCUUCUCAGCAGCCUGGCCAACUACUCCAACCUGACCCAGGGCAGCAAGGAGCACGAGGAGGCGGAGAACAACGAGGCAGAGUCUUCGCGCAAGAAGCCCAUCAAGGCUCCUCAGUUGGGGACCCUGAUGGGUGUGUACCUGCCUUGCAUCCAGAACAUCUUCGGCGUCAUCCUCUUCCUCAGGAUGACCUGGUUGGUGGGCAUCGGCGGGGUCAUCGGGACCUUCGUCAUCGUAUUCAUGUGCUGCACCACGACUAUGCUGACAGCCAUCUCCAUGAGUGCCAUUGCGACCAAUGGAGUUGUGCCAGCGGGGGGCUCGUACUACAUGAUCUCCCGCUCGCUGGGUCCUGAGUUCGGAGGCGCUGUGGGGAUCUGCUUCUACCUGGGGACCACCUUCGCCGGGGCCAUGUACAUCCUAGGGGCCAUCGAGCUGCUGCUGAUCUACAUCGCCCCCAAGGCGGCCAUCUUCCCGCUGGAGGGCCUGGAGGGGGCGGAGGCGGAGGCGGCGCUGCUGAACAACAUGCGGGUGUACGGAACCCUGCUGCUCACCUCCAUGGCCACCGUGGUGUUCGUGGGGGUCAAGUACGUCAACAAGCUGGCGCUGGUCUUCCUGGCCUGCGUCAUCCUCUCCAUCCUGGCCGUCUACGCCGGGGUCAUCAAGACGGGCAUCGACCCCCCGGACUUCCCGGUGUGUCUGCUGGGGAACCGUACCCUGAUUUCGAAGAAGUUUGACGUGUGUGCCAAGACCAUGGAGUCGUCCAACGGCACCAUGGUCACCACCCAGCUGUGGAACAUGUUCUGCGACUCGCCCUUCCUCAACGCCACCUGCGACCGCUACUUCAGCGACAACAACGUCACCCGCAUCCAGGGGAUCCCCGGGGUCACCAGCGGGAUCCUAGCAGACAACCUGUUUGGGAACUACUACGAGAAGGGCGACCUGGUGGCCAACAAGGACGCGGCGUCCGUGGAGGGCGUCGACGACCCCAUGACCAACUCCAACAGCUACGUCCUCGCCGACAUCACCAGCUUCUUCACCCUGCUGGUCGGCAUCUACUUCCCCUCCGUGACAGGAAUCAUGGCUGGCUCCAACCGCUCUGGGGACCUCCGUGAUGCCCAGAAGUCGAUCCCCAUCGGAACCAUCGCAGCCAUCACCACGACCUCCCUCGUCUACAUGUCCAGUGUGAUUCUGUUUGGGGCCUGCAUUGAAGGGGUGGUCCUCAGAGACAAGUUUGGGGAGGGCGUCAACGGGAACCUGGUGAUUGGUACGUUGGCGUGGCCAUCACCUUGGGUGAUCGUGAUUGGCUCCUUCUUCUCCACCUGCGGGGCAGGCCUUCAGAGUUUGACUGGAGCCCCGCGCCUGAUGCAGGCUAUCGCUAAAGACGGCCUUGUUCCCAUACUACGGAUCUUUGGCCACGCCAAGGCCAACGGAGAGCCCACCUGGUCGCUGCUGCUCACGGCCUGCAUCUGUGAGAUCGGCAUCCUCAUCGCCUCCCUGGACCUGGUGGCGCCCAUCCUCUCCAUGUUCUUCCUGAUGUGCUACAUGUUUGUGAACCUGGCCUGUGCCUUGCAGACCCUGCUGAGGACUCCUAACUGGAGGCCCCGUUUUAAAUUCUACCACUGGGCUUUGUCCUUCCUGGGGAUGAGUUUGUGUCUUACGCUCAUGUUCCUGUGCUCGUGGUACUACGCCAUCGUCGCCAUGGUGAUCGCCGGCUCCAUCUACAAGUAUAUCGAGUUUUCGGGGGCGGAGAAGGAGUGGGGAGACGGGAUACGUGGCCUGUCACUCAGUGCCGCCCGAUACGCUCUGAUGAGGCUUGAGGAGGGACCCCCACACACUAAGAACUGGAGGCCCCAGCUGCUGGUGCUGGUGAGUAUGGACGGGGAGCAGAACGUGGAGCAGCCCCGACUCCUCUCCCUCACCAACCAGCUGAAAGCGGGCAAGGGCCUCACCAUCGUUGGCACGGCCCUGGAGGGCACCUACCUGCUGAACCACGAACAGGCCCAGCGCGCUGAGCAGGCCCUGCAUAAGCUGAUGGAGACAGAGAAGGUGAAGGGCUUCUGCCUGGCCACCGUGUCCUCCAACCUGCGCGACGCCACCUCCCACCUGAUCCAGUCCAGCGGCCUGGGCGGGCUGAAGCACAACGCGGUGCUGGUCAGCUGGCCCCGCAACUGGAAGCAGGCCGACGAGAGGCAGACCUGGAGGAACUUUGUCGAGCUGGUGCGGGAGACCACGGCGGCCAGCCUGGCCCUGCUGGUGCCUAAGAACAUCGCUGCCUUCCCGUCCAACGGCGAGCGCUUCAGCGAGGGCCACAUCGACGUGUGGUGGAUCGUCCACGACGGAGGCAUGCUGAUGCUGCUGCCCUUCCUCCUCCGCCAGCACAAGGUGUGGAGGAAAUGCAAGAUGCGCAUCUUCACCGUGGCCCAGCUCGACGACAACAGCAUCCAGAUGAAGAAGGACCUGACCACAUUCCUGUACCACCUCCGUAUUGACGCCAUGGUUGAAGUGGUGGAGAUGCAUGACAGCGAUAUCUCGGCCUACACCUAUGAGAAGACCCUGGUCAUGGAGCAGCGCUCCCAGAUCCUCAAGCAGAUCAACCUGUCCAAGAACGAGCGGGAGAGAGAGAUCCAGAGCAUCACUGACUCGUCCCGUGGCUCCAUCCGCCGCAAGAACCCUGCUGCCGUGACAACCCAGCUCAGCGUGACCGAGGACCAACCAGGAGCCAGCAAGGAGGAGAAGCCAGAGGAGGAGUCAACGCCGGCCUCUCCUCCCGUCUCCCCCCCGCCCCCCGCCCCCUCCGACCAGGUGCAGCUCAUCCAUGACACCACCACCCCGGCCAGCCCGGCCACGCCCGCCACCCCGCUCACCCCCGAGGCCGUGCAGAGCCCCGGCCAGCAGGUGCAGAUGACCUGGAGUGAGAAGAGUGACGGGGAGCCCGCCAAGCCCCCGGGAGCCGCCACCCCCGAAGGAAUCAAAGACAUCUUCAACAUGAAGCCGGAGUGGGAGAACCUGAACCAGUCCAAUGUGCGUCGCAUGCACACCGCGCUCCGGCUGAACGAGGUGAUACUGAAGAAGUCGUCCGAGGCCAAGCUGGUGCUGCUCAACAUGCCCGGACCCCCCAAGAACCGCAGCGGGGACGAGAACUAUAUGGAGUUCCUGGAGGUCCUCACGGAGGGCCUCAACCGGGUCCUCCUGGUCCGCGGCGGCGGGCGCGAGGUCAUCACCAUCUACUCUUGAGAGGGUGGUCCCUCCAUCCCUCCUCCUCUCCCCCCGAACUCCCUCCCCAUCUGCCAUGCCUUCCCAAAUUCCCGCAUUUUUUUUUCUGAGUCAUUCACGGUCACACAGACUUGUUUUUCUGUUUGUUUGUGUGAUCACCCCUCCCUCAUGUUGACCUGAUGCCAGCGCAGCUUCAGAAGCCCCUCCCCCCCUUCUAUUCCCCGCUGUAGACCCGUCAGCUAGAGAAACAUUGUUCCUCAUCCCCUUUAGAAUCAUCUAGACACCAUCUAGAGCACACUCCUAAAUCAACAUGUGUUUGAUCUUGAAGCUUGUUUCUUUAGCUGUUUGCAUCUUGUCGUUCAUUGAUGUGUUUAUUUAUUCAAUGAUCCGGAGCAGUGGAGCUCACCUGUCUGUAGUGGAGCUCACCUGUCUGUGGUGGUCUGUGGUGGAACUCACCUGUCUGGUGGAGCUCACCUGUCUGGUGGAGCUCACCUGUCUGUGGUGGUCUGUGGUCGCGUUGUCCCUCCACCUCACGGUUAGCUCUUCUGUUGUGAUUUUGAUUCUUUGCUAGCAUGUUUGCUAGCCUCCUGAGCCCGGAGGGGGGGGAGGGGGGGGGGGGGGGUCCGGCUGCCAUGAUGAUGAUGAUUUCAGCGAAUGGAGAUUGUGGGAUAUUACGCUCUGACUCUAGCAUGGAAAAGGUGCUGUACUUCCCGCAAUAUUCCAGUCUUUUGGUUAUUAUUGAUGUUUAUUAUAGAUAAAAAAAUAUGUAUAAUAUAUAUAUCAAUAUAUAUUCUACACACUUUUUGACAUUAUGGUACGGACUCACCCCCCUGUCCUCACCCCCCCGUCUCCAUUGUCUCCUCCCUCACAUCCGUAGUGGCUAUUCACCCCCAUGGCCACUGAUAGUGCCAAAAAACAACAACAACCACCAACAACAAGGCUAGCUUGGUCUUUAUAGAGAUUGACGUGACUAAACUGUGAAUUACUGGGGUCUAUGGAGGAGAAGUGGUGGUCUGAGAGCUGCGGCUGGGGGGGAACACGUCUAUACACUCGGGGGCAGAGAUCGUCAUAUAGUCAGAUGCCAGCAGACAAAGUCUGCCGCCCCCUCCCCCCCUCUCUGAUCCGCCCCUGGGCCGCGGUGUGGAUCACUGUAAAUAACGCUCCGACAAGUCCUUCUGAGUGUCGUAUCCUAUGUGACAAAAAAAGUUGAAGUACAUAAGCUUCAAGCUUGGAAACCGUUGGGCCACGCUCUCUCUGGGGGACGGCCCGACCACCACUUUGAUUUGGGACUGGCUUGGGGCGUGUAUCACCAUGGUAACUGUCACUGUCACCCUUUGACGAGAGCUACACUGCACUCACUGUCUGCCACUGUGCAAAAAGUGACAUUUUUAACGGUCCCAUCGAGUUCAUUGAGUGAACUUUAAAUGUGUUAUUUUUUCAUCUAGAGAAGAAUAUAUGUAUUUGUUAUGUUUAUAGACAGAGGUGAAACAUAUUUAUGAAAUAGUUCUAUAUCAUUUAGAUAAUCACUUCAAUAUUAACUUAGUUACUUUUGCCAAACUUAGAUGUUAUAUGUGCCAUAUCAAAGUAUUUUUCAAAGAUAACUACUAUACAAAUUAUAUUCAUCAAAUUGAGGAGAGGAAAGUGAGCUCAAUGCCAAUUUGUCUACAUUGAAUAUAGAAAAAAGGAUAACACUAAGUUAGUAAGACACCCUAUUAGAACAUCAAUAUGCAUUGGUUCAUUUUUUAUUGGGUGUAACUUGUAGUAUACUUGUAUCUUUUGAAAGCAGAGACCUGUGGCACUAGGAAUCCCUUUGUUAAUAAGGUUGAACUCUAUGCAGUAGACUCUGUGGAGAUUUUAUAUCCUCUAGACUGAUUUGAGCCAAACAUAUCCCUGACCAUUGGAAUGAAUCGUUAGAACAAAAUACUUAUGUUUAAAAGUGUUGAAAGGAAGAAUGUGCAAAAACUGAAAAUCUGGACACAUGUUAGCAUUUAUUUCUAGAUUUUUGAAACACACACACACACAUAUAUUUUGUUAAGUAGAUUUCAUAUGUCUUAUGCAUUAAGGAUCAUAUCACUGACCAUUGACCGAUGUCCCUAUGUAUUCAUUUAUUUAGAUCCAAGAAAAAAACUGUUUAAGGUCAUUUGCACUUGUAGUAGAUCUAUAAAUAUAAAUAAAUACAUAUUUAUUACA